GUCGAGUCGGUAUUCACUCCUCCUCCCGCGCAGCAUCUUCUGAGGCAUUAGGAAACUUCUUCCUAGCUGUCUUACAGUCAUGAACUGGACAUUGCUCGCAUUGGGUAGUGCGUGUUUACUGGUCCUCGGUGAGGACGCGUUCGUUCACGGGAAACGCAGCGCGAGGACAGUGACUUUCUCUCGGACUCCACGCGGUCACUCGAGACACAGACGGGACACCUGGACGGGACAAGCGCAUUUCACGGCGUGCAAGUCUCCACUGUCACCCAAAGACCAAGCGCUUCUGCUCAGCCACACGCACGAGACGGGGUUUCAUGGUGAUGAUGGAUCCAGUUUUACCCUCACAUGGGUUGGAGAUGGAACUGGGGUAAUCCUGGUUCUUUCCACACUCAGCGCUCCCUCUGACUCAUUUUAUGAAGGCGGUUCAUCGCGUCUGUAUAGGAGUGAAGACUAUGGAAAAUCUUUUCAUGAUGUCUCCCAUGCCAUUAACAACACAUUUAUAAAGAGUGACUUUGGGAUAAGUGCUGGACCCGGGAACCCUCAACAGGUGAUUCUAACAGCCAACCUGCCUUUCACUGAAAGCCCAGGAGGAGUUAUUUUUACGUCAAUGGAUGCUGGUGUGACGUUCAGAUCAGUGCAGCUCCCAUUCCAUCCAGCACAGGCCAUUCAGUUCAACUACCAGGACCCACAAUACCUUGCGGUCAUCAGCAUUGAUGAUGGGCUAUGGCUCUCAGAAGACUUUGGGAACAGUUGGUCUAAAGUUCACGAAGGAGUUCAUGCGUUCACAUGGGGACCUGGAAUCACUCUUUUUUUCAGCUCCAGCCCAAAAGGAACUGUGGAGGCAGCAAGACGAGGCGAGCUCAUUCUGAGACGGACACAGGAUGUCGGCAAAACUUUCACCACGAUCGCCAAGAACAUCUUCUCCUUCGGAUUCAUCGGUGGCUUCCUGUUUACCUCUGUCAUGGAAAAACUGGGCUCUCCCCGUGUCAUCUAUGUGUCCUCAGACCAGGGCGACCAUUUCAGAAAAGCACAGCUACCGUCAGUAACUACAGAGCAGUUCUACUCCGUUCUGGACGGUGACGAGGACAUGAUCUUCAUGCAUGUGGACAACCCUGGAGAAGACACAUAUUUUGGCACAAUCUACACCUCGGAUGACCGUGGAAUCCUGUAUUCUAAGUCUCUGGAGCGCCACCUGUUCGGCGGGGAGGGGAAGAGCGAUUUCACAAACGUUACAUCUUUGAGAGGGGUCUAUCUCACCAACAUACUGGAGGAGGAUGGACGCAUUCGUUCAGUCAUAACAUUCGACAGAGGUGGAAGAUGGAGAUUUCUGAAGAAGCCAGAGAAUGUGGACUGUCCAGAAACCUCAAAAAAGUGUAACCUGCAUAUCCACGGAGAGCACAGUCACUUCAGUGGAAUCACUCCCAUGCUGCCUCUCUCUGAACCUACUGCCAUUGGUCUGGUCAUCGCUCAUGGUAGUGUUGGUGACUCCAUUUCAGCCGCUCGGCCGGAUGUGUAUGUGUCUGGGGACGGAGGUUACACCUGGUGGGGGACUCUGAGAGGACCCCACCACUAUAGCAUCCUGGACUCUGGAGGGCUGAUAGUGGCAGUGGAGGCGCACAGAGACAGACAAAUCAACUCAAUAAAGUUUUCCACAGAUGAAGGACAGUGCUGGAAUGUAUUUAAUUUCACAGACCACCCGAUCUUCCUAGCAGGACUGGCAUCCGAGCCGGGAACCAAGACAAUGAAUAUCAGCAUUUUCGGCUACCGCCCAGACGAUGAUGAUCAGCCCAUGUGGGUGGCUGUCACCAUUGACUUCGAGCACCUGCUCACCAAAGAAUGUGGAGAAGAGGACUAUGUGCAGUGGUUGGCGCACGCUGACUAUGACUCUGACCCAGAAACAGACGGAUGCCUCAUGGGCUACAAAGAGACGUUUAGAAGACUCAAGAAACUGUCAGCGUGUAGAAAUGGGAGAGGAUAUGUGGUCAGCAGGCAGCAGCGUCCAUGUAAUUGCACUAGAGAAGACUACAUGUGCGAGUACGGUUUCUAUCGGCAUGAAAACACCUCGGAGUGUCUCCUACAACCCGACUUCCUGAAUCAAACCAAGGAUUUUUGCUUAAAUGGGGAGCUAGAAGAUCUGCAGAAUACAGGGUAUCGUAAGAUUCCUGCUGAUAAAUGUGAGGGGGGUGUCAGGCCUCCAAGACAAGAUGUUUUUAAAAAGCUUUGUGGGAAUGAAACUUCUCCAACUUCCUCAAAUUUGGAAGCUAAAAGAUCAUCAGGGAUGCUGGUUCUUAUUGUGGUGUGUGCUUGUGUGGGGGUCAUUGGUUUGGUUAUUACUUCAGCUUUAAUAAUCACUUCAAAGAGGAUAAACUGCAGAGAAAGGUCACCCGCGUAUCACUUUUCGGCUCUGCAGCUCCAAGAUGAUGAUCUGUUUGUUAGCAAUGAGAACAGUCCCAAUGGCAAACUAAAUGGUUUCCAGGUCCAGGAGGACUCAGAUGAUGAUCUCAUUGAAUGAACAACAUUUAAACAAUGGGAACUACCCAGGCUUUGCAGACAAGCGUGAAUAGUUUCAAAUCUCAUGACCCAGGCACUGUGACUGGACAAUAAAUGCUUGGAAAUUA